AAUAGUAAGCAGAGAAAAGGGUCCAGGGGUCAUCCACAUUCAGGUCAACAUAUUUACUGCCCACAAUAUAGACAAGGGACUUUUACGGUGUUUGAUUAUGCAUCUUUUACUUCUGAAAUCAUGUUACCAGUGAUUCUGCUUCUGGUGGGCCUUUCUGGCCUCACUUUGCCAGUCCAAGCUGCACCGGGUCUUUUGGAUGACAUUUUAACUUUAUUUGAUGAAAUAUAUGACUACGCUGUUAGUGACACCACAGAGGAAAUAUCCUCAGCUGAAAUUAAUGAAAGCAUUGAUUGGAUUUUUUCCUUCUUUGAUGAACCAGAAGUGUGUGAUCCAAAUCCAUGCCAGAACAAUGGAGUAUGCGAGGUCCUAGAGAGUGGCGGCUUCAAAUGCAUCUGUAAAGAGCCUUACAUUGGCAAAAAGUGCCAGGACGAGAGGAACGUGUGUAAGAAAGUGAAGUGUGGUCAUGGUGAUUGUGUCAGAACUCAAGAAGCCCCAUUUUAUGAAUGCAAAUGCCGCCCCCCAUAUAGAGCACCUACGUGCAAGAAAGCCUCUGCUUGUGACCCGAGUCCAUGCCUGAAUGGAGGAAAGUGUGUUAAAGGCCGUACCAGAGCCAGUUUCACAUGCAAAUGUGCUGAAAAUUACAGUGGGAGGUUCUGCCAAGUUGGUCCAAAUGAUUGUUAUGAGGGGAAUGGGGAAUCAUACAUAGGUUUUGUCAGUCAGACAGUGGAAGAAAUGGAAUGUUUACCAUGGAACUACUAUCGUAUUCCCUUCAAGGAGUUUGAAGGGAAUGAGAGCAUUGGAGCCCACAAUUACUGCAGAAAUCCGGAUGGAGACCGCGAGCCCUGGUGCUUUGUGAAUGACAAGGGGAAUCUCCGGUGGGACUACUGUAAUGUCAAGCCAUGCUCUGAACCAGAACCAGUAAAACCCUCCACAGCCCCUGCAAAACUGCAGUUUUCUGACUGUGGAAAGACUCAGGCUAGUAUGAUUGCCCCAAGGAUAUUUGGUGGGAGGAAGUCUCUGCCUGCAGCCCAUCCAUGGCAGGUCUCAUUUCAGGUCCGUUCCAAGGGCUCUAAUGGAUCCUUCAGCCACAACUGUGGAGGAACACUUAUUGACUCCUGCUGGGUCCUAACUGCUGCCCACUGCAUUGAUGAGAACGAGGAGGUAAGCGUGGAGAUGGGUGGUGUGAACCUGGAGAAAGAUGAUCCUGCAAAACAGUUUCUUGAGGUAGAGAAAAUCAUUGUUCAUGAGAACUAUACAGAGACUCCUGAAGCCCUGUAUAAUGAUAUAGCCCUGCUGAAACUGAAGGCAAUAAAUGGACGGUGCGCCAAUGAGACCAGGUCCGUUAGGGCAGCAUGUCUUCCCACCGAUUCAUUCCCUGAUGAAACAAUGUGCACCAUAUCAGGCUAUGGAACCACUGAGAAAGAGUAUGCUGUCUCUCCUCAGCUGCUGGAUGCCAAAGUUCUCUUAAUCUCUCAGAAGCGUUGUAUGUCUCGUAAUGUCUACGGUAACAGAUUGGAUGAUUCCAUGAUGUGUGCUGGAUAUAUGCAGGGAAAGACUGACUCUUGUCAGGGUGACUCUGGUGGACCCCUGGUUUGUCAGAAGGCCGAGACUCAUUACAUCUAUGGUGUGGUGAGUUGGGGUGACAGCUGUGGCAAGAAGAACAGGCCCGGUAUCUAUGCCCGUGUCACCAAGUUCAUUGACUGGAUCAAUGAAAAGAUGCGUGCAGCUUAGGAUGGCUACUCAAAAGGUUUGAGUUCAAUGAUAGUUAAUAUCAUAAUCUAAUAGCUGAAGGUUUUACCUGAUAAAAACAAAAUUAAUCAGCAG